AGUGUACACGUGUGUAGAACGUUUGACGUUUGUUGAGCAUGCGUAGUGUACUUUCAUAGUUACUCGCCGUUCGCUCUCACGUUUGGACUUUCCAAAAUCGCAAUUCCCGCAUUCUUGGUACGUUGGGACGAUCUUGGCAUCAUUCGAAAGGGCAAGAGCUCGGAUUUUUUUUCAAUAGCAGAAUUGUAAACCGGACCUUGCGAGGAUAAAGAUUUUGCACUAAGAAGGAUGCCGCCAAUAUUCUCAAAUAUUUCUAUUGCAUUCCAAUGCUCUCACUGCCUAGAGUUUCUAUGUACCUAGAGAUACAAAAUAGGACGGGAAAUCGCUGUUGUUAAAACAUUUGUGGGCAGUCAACCACUUUGGUGGUGGUGUUCAACUGUGUUGGAUCAAUACAAUUGUCCAGGUGAAUGAUGGAGGCCACACGAUUGUGUCGAUUGGUAUAGCCUAUCACAACGUGAUUGACUGUUUCCAGGUUGUGCAGGCAUUGCAGUUGGUCAUCCAUUUGACACUGUGAAAGUACGCCUGCAAACACAAUCUUUUGGUGGUCCUCAAUACAGAGGUCUCUUUCACUGCUUUCAUUCUAUUAUCAAGCAAGAAUCUGUAUGGAACAUUACAAUAUAGGCACAGACACGUCUAACGACACAUGGACAGCUAGAGAGUAUUUGUUGGUUAUUUUGGUGUUUACUUGUAGGUAUUUGGUUUGUACAAAGGAAUGUUAUCUCCACUCUUGGGCGUAGCAGCCAUAAAUUCUAUUCUAUUUGGUGUUUAUGGUGGUGUGAUGGAUUACUUUCAUGCACAUAGUUUGAAUCCUUCUCAUUCUACUUAUCUUUGUCAAGUUGGAGUUGCUGGAGCGUCUGCUGGUUUUCUUCAAUCUUUUAUCUUGUCGCCGACUGAUCUUGUAAAAACACGUCUGCAAAUGCAGGGUCGAGGACAGAAGGCAUCGAAGGAACUUUACAGAAGUCCACUUGAUUGCAUAUACAAAAUCUAUCAUCGUGAGGGUAUUAGAAGAGGAGUCUUUCGAGGACAAGGAAUCACCUUGUUGCGAGAGGUGCCUAGUUUUGGAAUCUACUUUGUGUGGUAUGAUAUAAUGAGCCAGUUUAUCGCAAAUACUUUUCAACCAUCCAAUCGAUUUCGAGCAGUUUCUGCAAUUGUUUCUGGUGGAACUACCGGCAUGUUGUGUUGGCUUUCUACAUAUCCAUUUGAUGUUGUUAAAUCUCGAAUUCAAGCAGAUGGCAUUGAUGGGAAACAUACAAGAUAUAAUGGAAUUAUUGACUGCUUUAGGAAAAGCUAUAGAGAAGAAGGACUUGCUGUUUUUGGUCGAGGUCUUCUCUCUUGCUUGAUCAGAGCCUUUCCUGUGAAUGCAGCAACCUUCUUGGUUGUUGAACUUGUGUUGUGGAUGAAUAACAGUGCUUUAGACAAGAGACCUUCUAAAGCCAAUGAAAUUGUUUGAGUUUAGUACAUUUGAUGUCUCUGCAGAUAUGGUACCCAGCUUAAUUGUUUUGGUUGCUCUUGUAUCCGGUCAUGGACACGUUAUUUAGUAAAUUACCGAUAUGAUAUUCUUUAUAUUA